UAAAUAUGUUGGCUUUACAAUUAACUCCAGGUCUCCUCUCCUCUCGAGAGUGAUGCUGCAGUAGAUCCCUGACCACACCAGAGAAGGUGAGGUAAAUCACAGCCACAACAGAAAUUGUGUAAGGAGAGUGCAGGACAGACACCCUUGAAUUCCCAUCUCAGCAGCCUUGUCUUUGGCUGGAAACAAGAUAUAAGCCUCUCCUAGGACAACAGAGGAAAUACCUCAAGCAGGAACUAUGCUCUUUCUGCUGAGAGGAUCUGAAGGACUGCUGAAGAGAGGGGAGAGGGGAAAAAAAAAAGAAAAUAGCCAAGCUAGUGGCAUCUCUGUGGAUGUGGAAUAAGGGAGUUGCUCGACUCACGCAGACUCCCGAGCUAAGUCGGGAGUUACAGCUGUUACUGCAGGGCACUCAGCCUGGCUGUGGGGAGGGCGCCUGGGGAGGGGCAGACCCAGUCUCAAGCUCCAGGCUCUUCUCUCGUCUGACUCACCUCAGCAUCACAAUGGAGCCCAACAGCCCCAAAAAAAUACAGUUUGCUGUGCCCCUGUUUCAGAGUCAAAUAGAUCCCGAGGCAGCUGAGCAGAUCAGGAAAAGAAGGCCUACACCAGCAUCACUCGUCAUCAUGAAUGAACAUGUGCCCCCAGAAAAAGAUGAGAAGAGAACAAACAUCUCACAGGCAGAGUCCCAGAGUGCCUCUCCCAAGCAGAGGAAGCAGAGCGUCUUCACCCCUCCUGCCCUCAAAGGGAUUAAGCAUCUGAAGAGCCAGAGUGAUUCAGUGUUUCCAGAAGAAGAAGAGGGAGUUGGUGAAAGGGAAGAGGAGUGGGACCAUUAACUGGGGCAGAGCUGUCCCGAGCCCCAUCACAGAGAGUAACUGAACUGUGGGGCCGUGCGUGUACCAGACCCUCCACCACCCGCUCCAUGUGCCGCCGGGGCUCCCUGGGAAGUGCCCUCAAAUGGGCUUCACAGACACCUGCAAAUGUGUCCUGUGACCCCUAUACCUGAAGAUAAAACAGUUAUUUUAAAGUCAUUUUUCUUUCAUUUUCUAUGACUUAGAAACGUAAUCUGCAAAUGUGUUAGCUACCUGACGUCAGUACUGCCAGAGCUUAACUACUGCGUGUGAGCUGUACUCUAAGGCUUGUUGUAAAUAAAACUGAUUUAAAAGGUGCAAAAUAAAUAAUACGUUAAUUUCGA